AUGGAGAACAUAAUUUUCAUUGGUGAUAAUCAGUAUCAGCUUAGUUUUCAAGCAGAUUUCUCUUCAAUUCAAUUGAUAGAUGAAAAGUACAGUAUUUAUCUAAUCAAAUAAAAUAUGUGUAAAGUUUAGUUAUCAGAUGGUAAAUUUAGUAUAAUUAGCACUAUUCAAAAUGUUUAUGAAAACAUUUCUGACGUUAUUGAAUUUUAUGAGAUAUCAGUUAUAUUUGUCUAAAUUUAAAUUGUUGGUGAUUCGUUUGCAUCCUUAACAAAAAAUCAUACAUAUUUCUAAUAUCUAAAUUUUCUUUGGGUUUACAACUCCUAUUACGAACUAAAAUAUAAUCCUCAAUAAUGCAAAAUAUAAGUCAAAGCUACCAUAGGAAGUAUAGUUGAUAUCAACUUCAAAUUCUUCAAUGAUUUUAGGUUUUAUAAAGUAUUUACCUAUUUUGUUAGAGACAUAUCAUCAAGCUUAACGUAUUUAAAUUCUGUUUAAAUAAUGUAUAACAUGAUUCCAGGUUGCUCUCAGUCUGGUUAGCUAUUAAGCUGCUCUUCUUGUUAACCUUAUUACUAUUUAAAAAAUGGGUAAUGUGUACCUUCUUCUUCAGACCAUUAUUUUGUACAACCAAUUCAAUUUAUUUUUAUUUUUGUAAAAGAGGAUAAAACUGUUAAAAAUGCGAUUAAACAUGCUUGA